AUGGUCAAGAUUGAGCCUUUCGCAGUGGAACAAUGGAUGGACAAAUAUGAAACCACACCCAGAGUUCUCAACAUUGCCGAAACAUGUGCAGCCUCAAUCUCGAUCGACGACCUCGUAAAGCUGUCCGAAGAUCCAAAUCUUCCCCAUCCAAUAUCAACUUCAACCAAGCUCACAUAUGGACAUAUCCGAGGAUCGCCCGUGCUUCGAGAGCGUCUUGCGUCUCUAUAUUCUGCGAGGACUGCGUCGCCGUUGUCUUCCGAGAGUAUACUUAUCACGCGCGGUGCAAUCGAGGCGAACUUCCUUCUGCUAUACACGUUGAUCGGACCAGGGGAUCAUGUAGUUUGCGUACAUCCUACUUAUCAGCAAUUGUACUCCGUUCCACAGAGUCUCGGCGCGGAAGUCUCGCUAUGGAAGUUACACAAGGGAAAGAAAUAUAUCCCUGAUUUAGAGGAGCUGAAGGGCUUAGUCAAGGAUAAUACCAAGAUGAUUAUCAUAAACAACCCGAAUAAUCCAACAGGAGCUACGAUUCCCAAGUCCGUUCUGCAAGGCUUAACGGAUUUUGCGAAAGAAAAGAAUAUCAUUAUUCUAAGCGAUGAAGUCUAUCGACCUCUAUUUCAUGGAAUAUCAGUCGCCGACGCAGAGUUUCCUCCCUCCAUGGUAUCCAUGCCUUACGAUAAAAUCAUCGUUACCGGCUCCCUAUCAAAAGCUUACUCUUUGGCUGGUAUCCGCGUUGGCUGGAUCGCAUGUAAAGAUAAAGCUAUCAUCGAAGCUGUCGCAGAAGCUCGAGAUUAUACAACCAUUUCCGUGUCGCAGCUUGAUGACCAAGUUGCUUCUUAUGCCUUGAAUCCAUCUGUUAUUCAUGCUCUGCUCGGUCGAAAUAUCAAGCUCGCGAAAAUUAAUGUAGCAAUUCUGGAGGCCUUUGUUAAUGAACAUAGCGAUAAUCUGUCUUGGGUCAAGCCUACGGGUGGCACUACAGCUUUCAUCAGAGUUGAAAAGAAAAGGGAGCCGGUGGAUGACGUACAGUUUUGUGUGGACGUUAUCGAGAAGACUAAGGUUAUGUUCCUACCGGGUUCCAAAUGUUUCGGCGAGGAACAUAAGGGCUAUGUGAGGAUUGGAUUUGUAUGUGAUACGGAGGUUCUGAAGGAAGGUCUGCAGAAAUUGGGUGGAUAUAUUAGGGAACAUCUGAAGUGA